CCCACUCGACGCGCCAUGGCGGCCUCAGCGAUGGCGGAGCUGCGCCGGGAGGGGAACGAAUAUUUCCAGGCCGGCCGUUACGCGGAGGCGCUGGCCGCGUACGCGCGCGCGCUGGACCUGCCCGAGGCCGGGCCCGAGGCCUCCCAGCGCGCCCUGCUGUACCGCAACCGCGCCGCCUGCCACCUGAAGCUGGAGGACUACGCGCAAGCCGAAGCGGACGCCUCCCGAGCUCUGGAGCUGGACGGGCAUGACGUGAAGAGCCUCUUCCGCCGUAGCCAAGCCCUCCGGGGCCUGGGCCGCCUCGACCGGGCCGCCUCGGAUCUGCAGCGGUGCAUGCGCUUGGAGCCCAAGAACAAGGCCUUCCAGGAGGCACUGCGCGACCUUGGCAGCAGCGCCCAGGAGAAGAUGAAAGCCAUGACAUGCACUGACUCCAAAGUAGAAGCCAUGUUUAAGCUGCUGCUGAGCAACGAGCCAAAGGAUAAAGACAAGAAGCAAAAGGCAGCUCAGAACUUGAUAGUUCUAGCUCGAGAGGAGCCUGGUGCUGAGAAAAUUUUCCAAAACGAUGGAGUGUGCUUACUGCUGCAAUUAUUGGACACAGGCCGUUUGGAUAUGAUGAUAGCAGCCUUGCGGACCUUCACUGGCCUCUGCCGUGGCCACUGUUCUCGAACGGUGGUGAUUCUGAGUGACCUGGGGUCUCAACGCCUCUUUGCUGUGCUAGAGAGGGAGGAUGAGCAGCUUUCACUGGCUGCCUAUAACCUGUUGCAGGUCAUGUUUGAGACCCUCAGGCAGGGGCUGCAGAAAGAAGUGCUGCACAAAGACAAUGUUUUGGCAUCAGACUCAUCCAGAGAGCUGAGGUUGCUCCUUAGAUGGCUGUUAGAGGCUCUCACUCGAGCAGGCAUCUCUUCCUAUGGUCGUGACAGUAUCCUCAAUCUGCUGAUCAGCGUAAUAGCCCCAAAGCCGCUGCAAGCCUCCAACAAUUCUUUGACUCUUUGGGUCAUUGAUCAUGGUCUCAGAGAGAUUCUGGAGGUUGGGAGCACUGUGCCUCACAGUCCUGGAGGCCUGCGUGUGACAGAGAACACCCCCAUGACUGUGGCUGUGCUGCUCAGUAAGCUUUAUGAGGACUUGAAGUGUGAUGGCGAGAGAGAGAAUUUCCAUCAACUUUGUGAGGAUUAUGUCCGGGACUGGUUUCAGGAUCACGGCAUGCCUGGGAAACUCAGGGCCAUCCAGACAGUGAGCUGUCUCCUGCAAGGCCCUUCAGAGGCCGGGAACCAGGUGCUGGAACUGAAUGGCAUCAUGGAGAACAUUCUGGCGUUGUGUGCCUCAUCCCAGGUGCCUCACCAGCUUGUUGCUGUGGAGGCCCUGAUCCACGCAGCUGAUAAGGCCAAACGUGCCUCCUUCAUCACCGCGAAUGGUGUGACGCUGCUCAAGGAAAUUUACAAGCACAGUGACCGUGACAGCAUUCGCAUCCGCGCCCUGGUGGGCCUUUGUAAAUUGGGCUCGGCAGGGGGCACGGACUUCAGCAUGAAACAGUUUGCCGAAGGCUCCACCAUGAAACUGGCCAAGCAGUGUUGCAAAUGGUUGUGCAAUGAGACCCUUGAUGCUGGCACCCGCCACUGGGCAGCAGAAGGUUUGGCAUUCCUUACCUUGGACGCAGAUGUCAAGGAAGAACUUCUGGAGGACAAGGCAGCUCUACAGGCUCUGUUCCAGCUGGCACAGACAGAGAAUCGGAGCUGCUUAUUUGCAGUGGCCUCUACACUGGUCAACUGUACCAGCAGUUAUGACUUUGAGGAACCUGACCCACAGAUGGUGGAACUUGCUAAAUAUGCCAAGCAGCACAUCCCUGAGAAGCACCCCAAGGAUAAGCCAGAGUUCGUUCACAGGCGUGUGCAGAAGCUCUUGGCCGCAGGUGUGGUUUCAGCUCUUGUUUGCAUGAUCAAGAAUGAGAGUCCUUCUUUAAGCCCUGCCUGCCGGGAGCUGAUUUCCAGGGUUUUCCUGGCCAUAGUGGAUAACCCAGAGAACCGUGGGGCUGUGGUAGCUGCCGGAGGGGGGAAGGCGCUUAUCCCUCUGGCUCUGGAAGGGACUGAAGUGGGGCAGAGCAAGGCCGCACAGGCUCUGGCCAAGAUUGCCAUCACAACGGCUCCGGAGAUGGCCUUUCCUGGAGAACGGGUCUAUGAGGUGGUCAGACCCCUGAUGAGCCUCCUGCAUUUGACUCGUUCCGGCCUGCAGAAUUUUGAGGGGCUGAUGGCACUCACCAACCUAGCUGGGACCAGUGAGAGGCUCAGGCAGAAGAUUGUGAAGGAAAAGGCUGUGCCCAUAAUCGAAGGCUUCAUGUUUGAGGAGCACGAGAUGAUUCGUCUGGCGGCCACGGAGUGCAUGUGCAACCUGGCCUUGAGCCCCCAGGUAGCAGAGCUGUUUCUGGCUGAAGGCAGCGAUCGGCUCAAACUGCUGGUUUUGUACAGUGGGGAGGAAGAUGAGAGGCUUCGUCGGGCAGCUUCUGGGACGCUGGCAGUCUUGACCUCGCUGCUGCCACAGAUUUGUGUCCGGAUUUCCCAAGUGGCAACGGACUGGCUGGAAAUCCUGCAGUCUCUGCUGUUCAGCCCCUGCACAGAGCUUCAGCAUCGCGGCAUGGUAGUGGUGAGAAACAUGAUGGCAGCCGACCGGGAGGUGGCCAUAAAGCUGAUGGAGAGCGAGAUGCUGGAGAUAUUGUCUGUGGCGACCAGGGCAGAGGACAAGCCCCAGGUGGCUCAGUUGGCCCAGGAGUGCCUGGCUCAUGCUGUCUCCUAUGGCUUGAUAAAGCCCAAUGCUGCUGCCGGGGAGUGAGGGCCCUCGUCCCGUUUCCUCCCCCCCCCACCCCCACCCCCCGCUCAGAAGCACCUCAGCUGCACCUGGCCAUAUGCACCAGGCUGGCCUGGUGGGGCGCUACUUGCUGCUGGGACUUGGCAAAGCGGGAGUUCUUGGGGGUCCUGGGGCAGACACACACACACAAUGGUUCUUCUCUCUUGCGCUUUCAGCAUUUUGUACUCUGGCAGACAACUCUGUAGGAUUUAGGGAAUAAUGGGACACACUGCAUAAAUAAAAACAAAAGAAACCUGCAUCUGGUAUAUUCAAUGUUUGUAAUUGUAGCAUUUGCAACAGUGAAAGGAGCUCUAUGUAGACAAGGGAGAGGCAGGAGGGGAAAAAAAUCCGAAAUUGUCUCUAAAGGGGAAUCACAUUUCCCAGAGUGGCUCAGAUACCCAGCUGGGUGGCCAUGCCCAUGUUGACAUGCUAAGAAGGUCCCCGGCCCCUUGAUUGCACAGGCCCCACCUUUGGCUUGUGGGCCUGUCCAGCUUUAUCUACACAGCAGCGACCAUUACCUGCCCCCUCGGCUGCUGGACUGCCUUGCAGGGCUUCCAGCUCAGCCAGUGCCAAGACUACACCGUCCACUACCAUCCAAGCCAAUGGUGCCGGGGGGAGAGGCCAGGUGGGGAGAGUUCAGCUUCAAAUUUCUGCUGGGCUGGCAGCAUGAAGGGCAGGCCCAAGCCACUGUCUAUGGAGGGUUGUGGGCCAGUGCACUGCGUGAGGCCAAGCUGGAGCUUUGUGGUGGGUGUGGCUGCAGGGUGUUUUGGCCUAUCAGCGGCCUGUGCAGCUAGUAGCUGAUUCAGACAGCGAGGAGGCUGGUGUGCUGCGCUAGCAGCCUGGGCAGCUGGCACUCGAGUCAGACAAUGAGGAGGCUAGAGAUGUGCCAGAGGCAGGGAUUCAGUCAGGGCCUUCAAAACCUCCCUUAAGUGAAGAGGACGAGCCUUUUCUCGAUGCAGAGGUACGCAGAGCUGCCAAAAGGCAGGAGUGGCUCCUCAGGAGGAGGUCUCCUUGAGAGUAAGACUCGGGGCUAAUUGGCCACUCCCUUAGCCUAUUUAAGGAGGAACACUGACUGAAGCAAUUAGCAGGGAACAACUUCGUUCACAUACCUUCUUGUCUUGCUUAAUCAGCUUUCUGCAAAUUGCUUCUGGGCAUUCUGCCAACCACAGUAAGCUUUCAGUAUUCUUGUUUGAAUACUUGGCAGCUGUUAAUGCAGUUAAUUAACAGCCGUUGUAAAAAACUGGUUUAUUUAGUAAACUAAGGUUUGAACGGA